CUGUUUGCUUCUGUUCCGUUUUGUUUAUAUUUGAUUUGUGUAUCUAAUGUUCUCCUUGGAUAAAUGUAAUCAUUUGCUUUAGAAAGUUUCUCUGUUGUCCUUUUCGCCUAGUCGGAACUAUUAAAUGUGUUCCGUGUUUCAGGCGGAAUGUGUUCGGUCGGAUAUGCAUCGGCUUGGUUAUUGCCAUUAUUCUAAAUAAAGAAUAUUUCAUUGACGGUUCCCUUUAAUUUUCUUGCAUUAUUUUUUUAUACAGCUGGUAUACAGUGUGCAUCUGCUAAGAGCUUUCUGUAGUUAAGCACCGGUGUGUCAGUACUACAGCCAACCAUGAAUGUAAACCAAGGUACAGUCGGGAGUGACCCAGUGAUCCUGGCCACCGCUGGGUAUGAUCACACAGUGCGGUUCUGGCAGGCACACAGUGGGAUCUGCACCAGAACAGUACAGCACCAGGAUUCUCAGGUGAAUUCACUAGAAGUAACCCCUGAUAGGAGCAUGAUUGCAGCUGCAGGUUAUCAGCACAUACGCAUGUAUGACCUCAACUCAAACAAUCCAAAUCCUGUAAUCAAUUAUGAUGGCGUUAGCAAAAAUAUCACAUCGGUUGGCUUCCAUGAGGAUGGCAGAUGGAUGUACACUGGAGGGGAGGACUGCAUGGCCCGCAUCUGGGAUCUGAGGUCAAGAAAUUUACAGUGUCAAAGGAUCUUCCAGGUCAAUGCACCCAUUAAUUGUGUGUGUCUUCAUCCCAACCAAGCUGAAUUGUUUGUUGGAGAUCAAAGCGGUGUGAUCCAUGUUUGGGAUCUGAAAACAGACCAUAAUGAGCAGCUCAUCCCAGAGCCAGAGGUGUCGGUGAACUCUGUGCACAUUGACCCUGAUGCUAGCUACAUGGCUGCUGUCAAUAGUUCUGGCAACUGUUAUGUAUGGAAUUUGGCUGGAGGAAUCGGCGAUGAGGUGACACAGCUUAUACCCAAAACCAAAAUCCCUGCUCACAAGCGGUACUCUUUGCGCUGUAAAUUCAGUCCUGACUCCACAUUGCUGGCCACCUGCUCUGCAGACCAGACGUGUAAGAUCUGGAGGACUUCAAACUUCUCACUGAUGACAGAGCUGAGCAUCAAGAGCAACAAUCCUGGAGAGACGUCUCGCGGCUGGAUGUGGGACUGUGCCUUCUCUGGAGACUCGCAAUACAUUGUCACAGCCUCUUCAGAUAAUUUGGCACGUCUGUGGUGUGUGGAGACUGGGGAAAUUAAGCGUGAGUACAGUGGGCAUCAGAAGGCUGUGGUGUGUCUGGCCUUUAAUGACAGUGUGCUUGGUUAAAUCGAAAGCAGUGCCCCAUCAUCUCCUAUUCUGAUUAAACAGGCAGCAGUACUGUUUAUUGUCACAAAGGUUUGCAGUUUGGAGUAUAUCUUGGAGAUAUAUGAAGCAUCAUAAAAGUUUGAUCAUUUUGAUUGUUAUUGAAAUCGUAAUAAAUUAUUCUUUGUGUAUAA